AUGUCGACAUUUCCAAUACCUCGGAUCAAAAUGUUAUGGGAUCUUAGUGGGAUGGUACGUAACAGUUUCUUAUCUAUCUUUCUCGCCAUGGCCAGUGGGCAGAAAGCAAAUGACCUCAACAGGCCAUGUUUUCUCCUCAUAGUGAUUGCUGGAAUGGAGAGGUUUGCGUUCAAAGGGGUGGCAUCAAAUUUGGUGACUUAUCUUACAGAUGUUGUGAAGAUGAGCAACUCAGCUGCAGCCAAAACAGUUAAUAAUUGGUGUGGGUUCACAUCCAUGUUGCCACUUCUUGUAGCAUCCCUUGCUGAUUCUUGGGAUCGGUAUUCCACCAUUCUAACCUCUUCCUUUCUUUACGUUGUGGGACUUGUGGCGUUGACAUCAACAGCAUUGGCUUGGGCACAGCAUUCCACCAGCAAUGUAAGCUCUUCAUACCUGUUUUGGUCACUCUGUUUGAUUUCGCUAGGCCAAGGUGGAUAUAACCCAUCUUUACAAGCCUUCGGAGCGGAUCAAAUUGCGAACGAUGAUGAGCUGCCGAGCACAAAAGAUGAGAAGAAAUCGAACCAGAAGGGCUUGUUCUUUCAAUGGUGGUAUUUUGGGAUCUGUGGUGGCAGUCUUGCAGGUGUCACAGUCAUGUCCUAUAUCCAAGACACAUUUGGCUGGGUUCUUGGAUUUGCAAUUCCUACAAUCGCAAUGGUAACAUCGAUUUUACUGUUCUGGUGCGGAAGCAGAAUUUACACAUAUAGACAGGAUGACACUAUCUCUGAAAGGCCUUCGCGGGACAUAGUUCGAGCCAUCAAGGAAGCUGCGUCCAGAUUUAUGAGCAGCAGAAUCACCUCAUCAAGAGACAAGCCAGAAAUUAUUGAGUUAGAGCUUCAGGAAAAACCUCUUUGUCAGAAUUCACCCAAUGCAAAGGGAUUGAAGGAGAAGACCAGCACUGGUAUUAAUCACCUGGUAGAAAAUGGAAAGGUAGUAUUGAGGCUUCUGCCGAUAUGGACGAUGCUUUUGAUGUUCGCGGUCAUCUUUCAACUGCCUGCCACAUUCUUUACCAAGCAAGGAAUGACAAUGAAGAGGAAUGUAGGCAGCAGCUUCAAGAUCCCACCUGCUACACUGCAAAGCUCUAUCACAGUGUCUAUCAUCCUCCUGAUGCCAUUUUAUGAUGCGUUGCUGAUCCCACUUGCACAAUCGAUCACUCGCGACGACAAAGGCAUCAGUGUGACCAAAAGAAUGGGAAUUGGGAUGUUGCUAUCUAUAAUAGCCAUGGCCAUUGCUGCUCUUGUCGAAACGAAGAGACUCGAAAUCGGCCGAAAAAUGGGAGUUGUCGAUCCGAAACUGGAAACAGAAGUUCCAUUAAGCAUAUUCUGGUUGCUGCCUCAGUACAUUCUGCUUGGCAUUUCAGAUAUUUUCACUGUUGUUGGGAUGCAGGAGUUUUUCUACAGUGAAGUUCCUGUAAGAAUGAGAACAAUGGGAAUUGCUCUGUAUACCAGUGUUUUUGGGGUCGGAAGCUUCUUGAGUGCUCUGUUGAUCUCCAUGGUUGAAUAUUUCACAAGCUCAAGAGGAAAGGGACAAAGCUGGUUCUCUGAUGACAUGAGAGAAGCCCGUCUAGACAAAUACUAUUGGCUUCUAGCCUUGUUAAGUACACUUAGCUUUGUGUUUUAUGUCAUUUUCUGCAAAUGUUAUGUCAGCAGCAGUAGAGAUUUGGAUGAUGAGAACUCAUAA